AUGUUUGUAUCGCUGUGGUCUAUCUUGCUGUUGGCCCUCUGCCAGCUCACACUGGCCGAGGGGAUGGAGAAGCGCGCCUCCUUGACGCAGGUCACCAACUUUGGAGAGAACUCAUCUGGCACAAAGAUGUACAUAUAUGUACCCAACAAACUCGCAGCAAAACCGGCCAUCAUUGUCGCCAUUCACUACUGCUCAGGUACUGCUCAAGCGUACUAUAGUGGAACCCCAUACGCAACGCUUGCAGAACAAUACGGAUUCAUUGUAAUCUACCCUGAAUCUCCGUACAGCGGGACCUGUUGGGAUGUAUCCUCGACUGCAGCUCUCACACACAAUGGGGGCGCGGAUAGCAACUCGAUUGCUAACAUGGUUACGUACACUAUUGGCAAGUAUGGUGCCGAUUCGAGUCGAGUUUUCGUGACAGGUUCAAGCUCAGGUGCCAUGAUGACAAACGUUCUAGCCGCCACAUAUCCUGAAAUGUUUGCUGCAGGAAUUGCAUACUCAGGAGUUCCAGCUGGCUGCUUCUACACUGGUACCGUCAACGGCUGGAACAGUACUUGCUCUCAGGGCAAGAUCUCGCAGACGCAGAACUAUUGGGCUACGGUCGCCAAGAACAUGUAUCCUGGGUACACAGGGCCGCGCCCGAAAAUGCGAAUUCAUCAUGGCUCUGCAGACACAACUUUGUAUCCACAGAACUAUAACGAAACUAUCAAGCAGUGGACUGGGAUUUUUGGUUACUCCACCACCCCCCAACAAACGAUACCUAAUAAUCCAGCAAGUCCAUACACCAGAUAUAUCUAUGGUGCCAAUGUUGAAGGAGUUUAUGGAACUGGCGUUACUCAUAAUAUCAAAAUAUUCGGUGAUGCCGAUAUGGAAUGGUUUGGCAUCAAAGGUGGCUCAACUGCUACUACUACUGCCCCGUCAGGUACGACGACUCAAGCAACCGCAACUUCGACAGCAGCGCCCACAACGACAACUGCAGCCGGUGGCGCGCAAGCACAGUACGGACAGUGCGGAGGAAUCGGGUGGACCGGAUCCACGACCUGUGCCUCACCAUACACAUGCAACGUCAUCAACUCAUAUUAUUCUCAAUGUCUGUAA